ACCCACAUUGAACUCAUUACCAUUUCUCUCUCUCUCUCUCCCCUCAUAGAAACCCUUUUACGUGUUAUAUAGCUAUAGGAGGCUUUUAUAAAGAAAGGAUGAGCAGUGGAGUGAUGAGGGCCAUGGAUAAGUUGAAGUUGGCAAUUGCUUUUUGUAUGAUUUUGAUAUUGGCAUUCACUGAAGCUGCUCCUAAAGCUUCCCUCAUCACCAGCUUACCUGGUUUCAAUGGAAAUUUCCCAUCAAAACACUACUCAGGCUAUGUGAGCUUCGACCAGAAGAAUCUCUUCUACUACUUCAUUGUUUCUGAAAGAAAUCCAUUGAAAGAUCCUGUUGUCUUGUGGCUUAAUGGUGGACCUGGCUGCUCUAGCUUCGAUGGCUUCGUCUAUGAACAUGGACCUUUCAACUUUGAGGAAGGGAAGCCUAAAGGAAGCCAACCAAAAUUGCAUCUUAAUCCACAUAGCUGGUCCAAGGUUUCAAAUAUCAUAUAUUUGGAUUCUCCAUGUGGGGUUGGCCUCUCUUACUCUAUAAACACUACCAAAUACAUAACAGGUGACCAGCAAACUGCAGUUGAUACCCAUACUUUCCUCCUUAAGUGGUUUGAACUAUAUCCAGAAUUUGUCAAGAAUCCAUUUUAUAUUUCUGGAGAGUCUUAUGCUGGAAUUUACGUGCCUACUCUUGCAUCUGAGGUAGUGAAAGGAAUUAAAGCUGGUCAAAAACCCAUUUUCAAUUUCAAGGGUUACUUGGUGGGAAAUGGAGCAUCACAUAGUAAAUUUGAUGGGAUCAAUGCUCUCAUCCCUUUUGCUCAUGGGAUGGGUCUCAUCUCCGAGGACAUUUUUGAGGAAAUUCAAAGUACCUGCAAAGGAAACUAUUACAAUCCUACUGCUAAUUGCGACACAAGCCUUGGCAAAUUAGACAGGUCUCUUUCGGGCUUGAACAUUUAUGACAUCCUUGAGCCAUGCUUCCAUGACCCUGAAUCUCAACAAAAAGCUAAAGGAAACUCAACUUUGCCACUUAGCUUCCAACAACUAGGGGUCACAAACAGGCCUCUCAAGGUGAGAAAGAGAAUGUUCGGCCGUGCUUGGCCGCUUUGGGCUCUUCAAAGAAAAGGUCACCUCCCACUCUGGCCUAAACUAGCUGAACAAGGCAGUGUCCCUUGCUUUAGUGAUGAAGUUGCAACUGCAUGGCUAAACGAUGAAUCAGUUAGAAAAGCAAUUCAUGCCCAGCCAAAAUCAAUUGCUGGACCUUGGGAGCUAUGUUCUGAUAGAAUAGACUAUGAAUCCUUUGUUGGAAGUAUGAUCCCUUACCACAAGAACUUAACAUCCCAAGGAUAUCGAGCACUUAUCUAUAGUGGAGACCAUGAUAUGUGUGUGCCAUUCACUGGGACUCAAGCAUGGACUAGAUCACUUGGAUAUAAGAUAGUUGAUGAAUGGAGGCCUUGGAUUUCCAAUGAUCAAGUUGCUGGGUACCUGCAAGGAUAUGAGAAAAAUCUGAUAUUUCUGACGAUCAAGGGUGCAGGGCAUACAGUUCCAGAGUACAAGCCUCAAGAGUCUUUGGAUUUUUAUAGCCGUUGGUUAGAUGGGAAGCCAAUAUAAUCCUAUAUAAUUACUUUUCAUGUUCUUCUGUUGUAUAAUUAAAGAAAUUAAGUUCCAUUGAUUUACACAAGCUAAAAAUUGUAAAGGAACUUUUUCUAAUAAGGCAAGUCUCAUAUGCUUUGCCCUUCUUUUUUAUUAAUCUAAUUAAAUAAAUUACAAUGAUAUUUUUUAUUAAAA